CAAACCUGCCCACAGUAACAAAGCACGCGGGGCCGUGAUGCUGCGCUGUUUGCGGAUAAAUGACUUCACUGUGCGGCAGGUUUUCACAGCAUGGGCAGGCUGCGGACACACACUCUCCCACACACCGUGGAAGUGCUACAGACUCAGUCUGUGCUUUGGAUUGUUUUCAGUAUAAUUAGAAAAUAUUCUGAGGUUGAAAAUGUAGUUUCCCCCUUCAGGGAAACACGUUUAAUAUUCUGGAAACAUCCGAUUUUUUUUCGAUGAGCCAAGGAUAUAAGCAGGAUCCCAAAAAUGGAUUUUACUUUGGAGGGGAUUAACCCGGCGAAUGCACGAGCCCUGCUGGUGGGGUGUGUAACCCUGCUGUUCUCCCUCCACCUGUGGCGUUGGCUCCGGCAGCGCUCGGCCCCUGGCCCCCCCGGCCCUUUCGCCUGGCCGGUCAUCGGGAACGCUCCGCAGCUCGGCAAAGCCCCGCACCUGUACUUUGCGCGCAUGGCGGAGAAAUACGGCAACGUGUUCCAGAUCAAACUGGGCUCUCGCGCGGUGGUGGUGCUGAACGGGGACUCUAUCAAGCAGGCGCUGGUGAAGCAGGGACUCGACUUUGCUGGAAGACCGGAUUUCACCUCCUUCCAGUACAUCUCCAACGGGGACAGCCUGGCGUUCGGCACCAUCACGGACUGGUGGAAGGUGCACCGCAGGGUGGCUCAGUCCACCGUGCGCAUGUUCUCCACGGGGAACCCAGACACCAAAAUGACUUUUGAGCACCACGUCCUGUGCGAGUUCAAAGUGCUGCUGCAGCUGUUUGUGAAGAAGACACAGGAGCUGCAGUACUUCCAGCCCCUGAACAACCUGGUGGUGUGCACGGCCAACAUCAUGAGCGCGGUGUGCUUCGGGAAGAGGUACUCUCACGAUGACGAGGAGUUCCAGCAGGUGGUGGGCAGGAACGACCAGUUUACCCAGACCGUGGGGGCCGGCAGCAUCGUGGACGUGAUGCCCUGGCUGCAGUACUUCCCCAACCCCAUCAAAACCAUGUUUGAUAACUUCAAGGAGCUCAACCUGGAGUUUAACAGGUUCAUCGGAGACAAAGUUAUCGAGCACCGGAAAACCAUCCAGUCGAGCACCAUCAGGGACAUGACGGAUGCCUUUAUUGUGGCGAUGGAGCAGAUAAGAGAAAAAUCAAGGGUCUUAUCCGGCGGGAAGGACUACGUGCCCUCCACUCUGGGGGAUAUUUUUGGGGCGAGUCAAGACACUUUGUCAACGGCACUGCAGUGGAUCAUCCUCAUUCUGGUCAAGUACCCUGAGAUGCAGGUGCGUCUGCGGCAGGAAGUGGACCGGGUAGUGGACCGCAGCCGGCUGCCCUCCAUCGAGGACCAGCCCCAGCUGCCCUACGUCAUGGCCUUCAUCUACGAGGUGAUGCGCUUCACCAGCUUCGUGCCGCUCACCAUCCCCCACUCCACCACCACGGACACCUCCAUCAUGGGCUACACCAUACCAAAGAACACCGUGGUCUUCAUCAACCAGUGGUCCAUCAACCACGACCCAGAGCUGUGGUCCCACCCGGAGACCUUUGAACCCCAGCGCUUCCUGAAGGAUGGGGUCCUGAAUAAGGACCUGACCAGCAGCGUGCUCAUCUUCUCGCUGGGGAAGAGGCGGUGCAUCGGAGAGGAGCUGUCCAAGCUGCAGCUCUUCCUCUUCACGGUGCUGAUCUCCCACCAGUGCCACAUCACCGUGGACCCCGCCCGGCCCGUCAAACUGGACUACGACUACGGGCUGACUCUGAAGCCCCACGCCUUCUUCAUAGCUGUGACUCUGAGAGAAGAUAUGACUCUGCUGGAGGCCGCCACCAGGCAGGAACCCACGAGCAAGGCUUAUUCAGACUCCGAAAAAAAUAAAAACUUUGGUAAAACCAUGACACAUGUCUAUUAGGCAUCUUAAACAGAGUUAAAAUGUCUUGUAAUCUGCUUACAGCAUCAGAAUCAUAAUACCUUAUUUACAUGGGGGCAAACAGGGAUAUGCAACAGUUGCUCCAUUUUUGAAUAAAAAUAAAAUAAAAUGAUUUAUACAAACAAGAGACUUUAAAGUAAAAACUUGAGAAUAAAAUGUAAUCAAAAUAUUUAUAAAAAUAUAAGAAGUUUAAAGGUGGGGUAGGUAAGUUUGAGAAACCGGCUCGAGAUACAGUUUUUGUUAUAUUCCAUGGAAUGCUCUUAACAUCCCGAUAGCAAUGAAUAUUAUAUAUUAUAUAAAUCCAUAACAAAUUGUCAUCUGUGGAAGCCGUAGCGCUGUAAAAAGCACGACCAAUCAUCUGAGCCGGCCCGGCUAAAAUAACUGGAUGGCCUACCUGCCUGUCAGCCUUCUCUGUGUGUUGGAGGAGGGGCUCUGUAAGGAAGUGGCAGAUUUUUUCCGGCUGUACGUAUUUUCAAAUUCUAGCGCACUCGAGCCGGUUUCUCCAAAAUGACCUACCCCACCUUUGAGUAAAAAUGAGCGAGAAACAGAUAACAAUACAAAUAAAGAUGUAUCAGUACAAAUUCUAACACGAUAAAGCAUUUAAUGAAUAACAAGGAAGACAUACGAUUACACAGUGCUAUAAGCAGAUCAUAACGCAUGAUGAAUAUGUUUCCAAAGCCUUAUAGACAUGGGUGUCAUAGAAAGUGUUACCAAAUAUGUAAAACAUAUGAAGGCUGAAACACAAAAGACUUAUAAACCAUAGCUCAUGUUUCUGAAACUAUAAGCUGAAAUCUCAGGCUUUAUUCUUAUCACUGACUCAUCUAAAGUAUUAUUGUGCCAGGGGGGAUUCUGAUGUGGCAUUGGUGUGCAAGGACACAAGGACAGAAGUGUGUAACCUUCUGAUCUCCAGCUGACUGCAGUCAGCUGGAGAUCAGCCUUAAAGACCUCAGACCUGUCAUCACCGUGGUAACAGGAGACAUCAGCUGCUCCGACACACGCUCUGUGACUUUAGUGUGAAAGGAUUGAAAGAAACCAUCACGGUGUUGUCAUACGUUUUUGCUUUCGUAUUAAAAGCAAAUGUGCACCUCAUGUAAAUUUGGCCGACAUCUUAAAGUUCUUCCUCUUUCAAACUCGCUCUGAUUUGAAGGUAAACCAUCGACACUGGAGUUUUUAACUUACACAUUAUAUGCUACCGAAGAUGAAUGAGUCCUUUAACUUAAAAACAGUACUAACACAGUUUUUCAUAUGCAGUUUUAAAGCUUAUAAUAGUUACUCAGGAAUAACGCCUUUGAAUUGUCAAUACUAUUUGAAUGAUGAGAGUGAUCUGAUAUGUUCUGCUGUAGAUGCAAAGUAUACAAAGAUUAAUAUUAGCAGUGUUAUGUCUUUUUUCUCUUCUAUUUUUGUUACUCACAAAGGUUUUCGUUUAAGUUGUUUAGAACGCUGCUGUAUGGAAAACCUUUAUUCUCCAUGCAUAAGAUGCCAGUAACCUUCAUGUAUCAAUCCUCCUGCUGUAUACAUGGGAGUUGGGGCUGAUUAUUAUUAUUAUUAUCCUUUAUUUGCUGCUCAGCAUGAUAAACUAAUGCACUGACUGUAAACGGUGGACACAAGCAUUGUUUUUGGAAACAUUUCUUUUAUUUUUGAAAUAGCAGAUGGAAUUAAGCAAGUGUUAAAGUCCUGAUUGUUGUACCCCUUAGAAUAAUAAAAUAUAAGAAAUCACCGAUAAAUCAUAACAAAUCUAUUGAUGGCCAUUUCACUUGCUUACCUCUAGAAGUGCAAGCAUUAUAUUUGUGAAAUGACAAAUGGCAUAGUUUAGUGAGUGAAAUCAGAAAGCAUUCAUGUUCCCUUUUCUCACAUGGUCAAAUGUUAACUUAAUCAAGCCGGUUUAACAGGAACUAGCCUGGGCGAGGACUGUUGAAAUUAUAUUUUGUACAAUUAAAUAACAACCUUUUUGACAAUUGAUUCAUGUUAAAGUAAUUUUUCAUAUAAAAAUGUCAGGAAAUACUGUUUCAAGCCUCUUUAAAAUAGAGAUGUUCUAUUAUUGAAGUGAAUAUCUUUGGGUUUACACCUUGGACUUGAAGAACAGGGAUUGAGAUUUUUUACACAAUUUUAAAUACCAAACAAUUCAUUGACAAUGGAAAUAAUUGUCAGUUGUUGCCCAUAAUUAACAAACAGUACCUUGUCGUACACUGCAGGAGAAGAUAACAUGUUGGUGAAAAAAAAUGUUAUUUUGUCACCAAAUAAUGGAUAAAAAUAUCCAUUUGCUUUAAUGGGCGCUAUAAGGCUAAUUUCUUGGUUCAGCCCUCUAUUUAAUGUCUCUACUGUGACAUGUCUCCAUGCUUUAAUGUUCAUAAAGCUCUUUAUUUUUCUCAUACUGCCUGUGCUGCAGCACCUCUUUUCACCCUCUGUCUGAAACCAGAGUUUUCAGACUGUUGUGAACUGAGAGAUGUCCCGCCCCUUAGCCUAUCACGUCCAAUAUGUUGUGCUAGCUAAUAAAGGCGCAGGUGUUACGUAGUGAUGUCACGAUGAGACAGCAGUAAACAAAGUGUCCAAUGGAGGCAUUUCAGGCUUUUCUUUGUGCCUUUCAGACCAUUUACAUGCACAAAAACCUAUACACCACCAACAGGAGAGGGAAAACCCCAAAAAGCAUGAUGGGGCCUAAAGUCAAUCCAUUCCUAACAGGGUUAGAAAUAUGACAAUUGCAACAAGAUAUUUAAUACUGCUCACAGUAGCAAUUGAUACAAAUACAUAAUGUUACUGCUUGAAGUUAUUCUCAAUUAAAUUGUUCAGCCACAUAAUAAAAAACACUUUUUGUA